CACUCCAGGCAGUUGUAGAGAGAACACGUUUCCUCAGUAGUCUAGAGAGCCACAUGGGAAGACUGGGUUGAUUCAUAAACCAUUUUACAACAUUUGUCUCCAUUUAGUUUUAUUCCCAGUCAAAACUAAAGAUGCCGAAGAUCACAAGGCCUGAUGAUGCCCAACCAGCCAGAGCUUUGUGGUUUGACCGGAAGAAGUACGUCACAAUAAAUUUCAUGGUGCAGAAGAGCAAGGAUCUUGUGGUGGACAUACAGGAUCACAAAAUGAUUCUGAGCUGCAAAACAGAUGACGACAUCAACAUCUACAAUGAGAUUUACUUCUAUGAUAAGAUACAGAAAUUUGACUCCAGAGAGAGGAGGUAUGACCGUACCAUCAACGUUCUGCUGAGGAAGGUGAAGGAGAACGUUGCGUGGCCUCGCUUGACCAAAGACACAGAGAAGCCCAGUUGGAUGGCAGUGGACUUUGACAACUGGAGGGACUGGGAGCAGGAAGAGAAUGAAGGCAUGGCUGAGUACGAGCACUACAUGGACAUGCUGCAAGAUAUGUCCAAGAAAGGACAGGCUCCUGCAAUGGAUGACCUUGAUGAUCUGGAUUUUAUCACUACAGUGGUGUCAUGUUGUCCAGCUGAACUAAAACUUGAGAAUGGCGGGAAGAAGGAGAAAGUGAAAGGCUUCAACGUCAUCCUCACAGACACUGUUCUCUUCCCGGAGGGUGGAGGCCAGCCAGAUGACCGUGGGUGGAUUGGCUCUGUGCCUGUCCUGCGUGUGACCAGGCAAGGCUCAGAGGCUGUGCACUUUGUUGAGUCAGCGCUGGAGGUGGGUUCAGAAGCACGGCUGAAAGUGGACUGGGAGCGCAGGUUUGACCACAUGCAGCAGCACUCUGGGCAACACUUAGUUACUGCCUUGGCAGACGCUAUGUUUGGAUACAAGACAACCUCAUGGGAGUUGGGACGUCAGCGCAGCACCAUUGAACUGGACACUCCUGCGGUGAAGCCUGGCGAGAUGGAGGCCCUGGAGGAGGCGGUGAACCAGAAGAUUCGUGAUCACACCCCUGUCACCGUGCAGCUGCUCUCCCUGGAUGAUCCUGCUGUGGAAAAGGUGAGGAGCCGUGGCCUGCCAGACGAUCAUGCAGGUCCCAUCCGAAUCAUCGACAUUGAGGGCGUGGACGCCAACAUGUGCUGCGGGACCCAUGUUUCCAACCUCAGCCACCUACAGGUUAUAAAAAUCCUUGGCACUGAAAAAGGAAAGAAGAACAAAACCAACCUGAUUUUCCUUGUUGGCAACCGGGUACUGAAAUAUGCAGAGAAAGGCUACAGCACAGAGCGAUCGUUGACAUCUUUACUCAAGACUGGAGCAGAUGAUCAUGUUGAAGCUGUAGACAAGCUGCAGAAGUCUGUCAAGGUGCUGCAGAAGAACAAUCUCAACCUUUUACGAGACAUGGCUGUGCUAAUUGCACAGAACUUCAAGAACAACCCCAGUAGGGGCAAAUUUUUCUGCUUACACAGGAAGGAUGGUGACAAUGAGUUUAUGAACAUUAUAGCCAAUGAAAUAGGCACUGAGGACACGGUGGUGUUCCUGACCGUUGGAGAUGAGAAGGGGAUGGGUCUGUUCCUGCUGACAGGGCCUGUGGUGAUUGUGGAGGAGCUGGGACCCAGGGUGGCGGAGUUGCUGGAGGGGAAAGGGGCGGGGAAAAAGGGCCGUUUCCAGGGGAAGGCCAAUCGCAUGGUCCGGCGCGGGGAGGCGGAGUCUCUACUGCAGGAGCACAUCCGUCAUCGCAGCGCAGAGGAGGAGUAAAGCCAGCUGGGAGUAACGUCUGCCCGGCCACCUCUCCCAGGACUGCUCUUGGUCGUUCGAGUGCACAGGUGCACUUGCCCACAUGCACAAAACGGCCAGACUAGGGCAGGCCUGCAGAGGUUCGCUGUCAUGUGUAGUGAUCUUGAAAUUAAAUCUUGGGAGAUCUUGUGAUCAGUUUUUGGCGCUUAGAUUAAAAUUGUCUGUCCAGGGUGUUCAUUGCUGCCCACUUCCCCCACCAAGUCAUUGCUGGGGUUAUCACAGGUGAGUCACAGGAGAAAACAUGAUUAAAAUUGGCUUCUGAUUGAAAAGGAAAUGCAAACUCUACAGAAACGACUGCCCUUCUGGACAAGAUCGGUUUAGUUUUUUUUGGAAAAGGCCGUUUUCUGAAAAAUUCUACUGUCGAUACAUGUAUAAUACUUGAAAAUCUAUUUUAAGAAAGGAAUCCUACGUGCAGAUUUAUUUUUAUUUUUUCCUGUUGUGUAAGAUCUAAUUCACUUCCAUUACUGUGCACCAUGGCUCCUCAAACGCUGUACUGGCGUGUGUGUGAUCUGUGUGUGUGUUUAAUCUGACCCACGAUUCUAACGAGCUGUUUUUUGAGCUGUGUUUCUGAAAUGUACAUCAAAGUUAAAGACGAAUGUUGAUUGAAUACAGACCAAGAUCUCUGUAAUGAGCUGUAUGAAGUGAGAUGUAAAUACAGCUCUCUGAAACUGAAGUCUUAUUGGUAGUCUGGCAUUUCAUGAGAUCUCCAGUUGGUGGAGGUGUUGUGUUCAUGCUCCCAGAAGGCUACACUGAAUAGGCUACACUGAUCAUGCUCCCUGAAUAGGCUACACUGCAUGAUGCAAACCACUAAUUAGCCUGCUGAGAAGCCAACCAUCCAAUUAAUUUUGGUCCCCUAAAAUGUAAAAAUGUAAAACAAAAAUGCCUUCAAAUUAAAGAUGACAUUCUACACUUGAA